AUGCUUGAGCCGAGCAGAGUCAAGUCAAGCCAAGUCAAGCCGAGCCGAGCCGAGCCAAAUGAAAGACAAAACCGGAAAUAUAAAAUCAGUCUUUGGAACACUGCACACGGCAGCAAUGCAAACAAAACUAGGAAACACUUUUGGUCUGUCGCUGGUGACGCUGCUCCUCCUCUGCUGUUGCAGCGAGCUGAUACAAGCCGCUCCAUAUCCAUCCGAUGCCCCCGAAAAUGUGAUCAACUACAAGCGAUUCGCACGCCGCCGCCCCGUGAAGGGCCGUCCCGAACUGGAGGAAUACGAGGUGCGGCACGUUUACAUCGUGCGUCGCACCACGCCCCAGCCAAAGGUGGUCAAACGUCUGACCGACUUCGAAAUGGAUCAGCGCAUCCAAUGUGACUUUGAACCCACAUUGCCCAAUUGUGCUCGAUUUGCCACUAAACCAAGUGUCAACUGGGCCAGCAGCACGUCCACAUCCAGAACAACAACAACUACGCUUGCCACCACCAGCACCAGCACCAGCACUGAAGUGCCCUUGCUGCCGGAAUUGCCGGAGCAAUUUGACCAAAAAACAUCGAGGCCAGCAGAAGCUGAUUAUGAGGCGGGCCUGAAUGACAAUGAGGAGCUUGACGAAGAUGAUGAGGAAGACAGCGGAGAUGAUGCUGAUGCUGAUGCUGAUGCUGACGAUGACAAGGACCAGGAUGCCUCUGAUUACCUCAACUUCAACCUUGGCGGCAGUAUCGGUGGCAAUGAUCCCACCAAAUAGUGCAUACCCAGAAUACCCAGUGUUCAAUUUUAUAGCUUACGCUUUUUACUACUAAUUAGACGCAAUAUAAAUGCUCAAUAAAAAUGCCAAAGUAUGCAUACAUAUUUGUAUGUAUGCAUAUAUGUAUCU